CUCCGAUGCCAAAGUCCAGAGUGGCAGUUUGUUCAUGAGGAGCAACGAUGGAUAGCAGUUAUGUAUCGUUGAUAUCAACUAAUCCACACAAUGUCAAUCAGUUCCACGUUGGAAAAAUCCACGGGGAAGAAGCAUUUGACAGACAAUAACCCAGAAACGUGCUGGACAUCACGACAGGGUCCUGGGCAGCAUAUCCAUCUAACGUUCGAAAAGCCAGCAAUACCCAAGCGUAUCACCAUCAUCUUCCAGGGCGGAUUUGUCGGGACCAAAUGUAGACUUGAGGUCUCCGAGUCGUCAGAUAGGCCCAAAUGGCAGACAUGGACAUAUAUUCACCCCGAGGAUGCCAACAGACGCCAAAUUUUCGACUUGAUAGCCCAUAGAGACGGAUUGCCAGUGGAGGGAAUUCAGAGCAUGAAACUGGUCUUUGAGGACAGUUCAGAUUUUUACGGUAGAAUCACAAUCUAUGACCUGAAAAUUGAAGGUCUCCUGCUCUGAAAUGACGAAGAGCUGGUUUGACCGAGCGCGU